CACAGUGCAAGGGUUCCCAGUACCUCACUCACAGUGGUUUCGUACUAAUGUUUGUAAGGCAGCACCAUCUCCAUGAUGAAUUUCAAGCUGAUUUUAAAACUUUGCUGACAUAACAGGGAAUUUAUUGAUAUUUUAAGAGAAGAUCAUUUCAAUCCUUUUCCAGAGAGAAUGUGCAGCUCCUGGUUAGUCCUGACGAAGUCAGCCCGUCGACUGUACCUCUUCCUAUAGAUGCUGCCUGGCCUGCUGCGUUCCACCAGCAUUUUGUGUGUGUUGCUUGAUAACAUUUCAUGAGGUGAACCAAAGGCAGAAUUAAUAUGGCUGCCAAGCAGGAAAGUAAGCCGAAGAAAUGGGCUCUUGUAAAGGAAAAGGUCACAGUGCCAGACAUAGACAAUACCGAGGCCAACCUGGAAAAUGCUGAGCCCGAGCUCUGUAUCCGUUUGCUUCAGACCCCAACUGUUAUAAAUUACUCAGGACUGAAGAAGCGACUGGAGAACAGCAACAAUGCCUGGAUGUUACAAUUCCUGGAGCUCGGUGGCCUUGAUUUACUGCUGGAAGCACUGGACAGAUUGUCCGGCAGAGGAGUGACAAAGAUAACCGAUGCCCUCUUGCAGCUCACCUGUGUGAAGUGCGUACGGGCUGUGAUGAACUCUUCAAAAGGCAUCGACUACAUUAUAAAUAAUUCAGGCUAUGUCCGAAAACUUUCCCAAGCUUUGGAUACAGCUAACAUCACAGUAAAGAAACAAGUCUUCGAGCUGUUAGCAGCACUAUCUAUCUACUCCCCAGAAGGCCACAGCCUGGCUUUAGAUGCAUUGGAAAACUACAAGACUGUGAAAAGACAGCAAUAUCGAUUCAGUGUAAUAAUGAAUGAACUCCAGACUACCGAUAACGUUCCAUAUAUGACAAUACUGCUGAGUGUCAUCAAUGCCAUUAUUUUAGGAUGUGAGGAACUGAUACCUCGUACACAACUGCGGAAUGAAUUCAUAGGUCUCCACCUGCUGGAUAUACUGCCAUCAUUAAGGGAUCAAGAUGAUGAAGAUUUAUUAGUCCAAUGUUUAACCUUUGAAGAUGGUAAAGCAGAUGACGAUGAAGAGUUAAUGAAGAUCUCCGAUGGCAUUGAUAUGAAUAGUCAUCAAGAAGUUUUUGUAACAUUAUUUAACAAAGUGAGUAGCUCACCAGCCUCUACACAACUGCUGUCAAUUCUUCAAGGCCUUCUGCAGUUGGACCCAUCCAACAGCAGCAGUCCUCUGAUCUGGGAAGCCCUGGAAAUUUUGGUGAACAGGGCCGUCCUGAUUGCCUAUAACACAAAUGAAGAUGAAGACAUCGGCCUAGUCAUGGAAAGGCUUGUAUUGACUAAGAAAUUAAAAAAAGAUCAGCCAGUGAAACAAAAGGCAAAUAAAAAAGCUGUUGAGAAAGCUAUACAAACAGAACCAUCAUUGCCUACCUCAGCAGCAGAAGUAAAGCAGAAGUCUAGCUCAUCAUUGCCACCAUCAGCUGACGAGAUGCUGCUUUCUGCACCAUCGUCACCUCCUCCACUGCCAGCUGUGGCAGAUGACACAAUGACAUCUCCGACCAGUGAUCUGCACACUGCCAGAAUACCCCCUGCCCCUCCUCUCCCGGGCGCUGUUGGCUCUCCGCCUCCUCUCCCUGGCACUGGUGGCCCACCCCCUCCUCCUCCGCCUCCUCUCCCUGGCACUGGUGGCCCACCCCCUCCUCCUCCGCCUCCUCUCCCUGGCACUGGUGGUCCACCCCCUCCUCCUCCGCCUCCUCUCCCUGGCACUGGUGGUCCACCCCCUCCUCCUCCGCCUCCUCUCCCUGGCACUGGUGGUCCACCCCCUCCUCCUCCGCCUCCUCUCCCUGGCACUGGUUGUCCACCCCCUCCUCCUCCGCCUCCUCUCCCUGGCACUGGUGGUCCACCCCCUCCUCCUCCGCCUCCUCUCCCUGGCAGUGUUCCACCCCCACCACCUCCACCGGGCACAUUUAAUGAUGCACCCGUUGUGGCCACCCAAUCAGCAACUCAACUGUAUUCUUGUGGUCCACCUCUCCAGCGACCCACAUUACGGAUGAAAAAGCUCAACUGGCAAAAAAUCUCCCCAAAAAUGGCCACAGCGAGCAAUUCUUUGUGGUCAUUUAUCCAUCAAGUAGCUGCAUCAUCUUUGGAUCCAGACUAUGCCAGUAUUGAAAAACUCUUCUGCUUUCCCAUAUCAGAAUCAAAAAAGAAACAGCAAAAUGAGUCAAAAAAGGAACCAACGGAGAUCACAUUUCUGGACUCAAAGAAAAGCCUUAAUUUGAACAUAUUUUUAAAGCAAUUCAAAUGUUCUAAUGAAGAAGUGGCUAACAUGAUCAGAAGUGGAGACCGAUCAAAAUUCGAUGUAGAGUGUUUGAAGCAACUCCAGAAGUUACUCCCAGAGAAUCAUGAGAUAGAAAAUAUAAAGGCAUACAAAGGACAGAAGGAGAAAUUAGCAAGUGCUGAUCAUUUCUACCUUGUGCUGCUUGAUAUUCCCUGCUAUCAGCUAAGGAUUGAUUGCAUGUUUCUGUGCGAAGAGGCAGCUGCUUCCCUGGAAAUGCUCCGUCCAAAAGCAAAAUUAAUUAAAACUGCUUGUCAAGAUCUACAUUCUGCUACGAGACUGCCACUCUUCUGUGAACUCAUUCUUAAAGUUGGAAACUUUCUGAACUAUGGCAGUCACACAGGAGAUGCAAAGGGAUUUAAAAUAAAUACCCUACUAAAACUGACUGAGACAAAAGCCAACCAAUCCCGGAUCACAUUGCUGCAUCAUAUGAUAGAGGAAGCUGAAAAUUUCCAUCCAGACCUUCUGAAUCUUCCAGAUGACCUGGAAAGUAUUUCACAAGCAGGAGGCAUUAGUGUGGAAUCACUUCAAACUGAUACAAUCAAUCUGUUGGAACGCCUCAAGAAAACUGGUGGCAUUCUCAAAUCGUCCAUUGAUGAUGUAAAAUCACUGUUUGACAAACCCAUCCAAGAAAGUCUGUCUGCAACAACUGAACUGAAGCAAAUUCUAGAAGAAAUUGAGACAGAGAGAAAGAAACUGGCUCUGUACUUCUGUGAUGACAUUGGAAAAUUUUCAUUGGAAGAGCUUUUCAAAACAAUCAAAACAUUCAGAGAUUAUUUCCUGAAAGCAAUGAAGGAAAAUAAGCUCAGGAAAGAACAGAUUGCAAAAGCCGAGAAGAGGAAACAAAAGCUUCAGGAAGAGGAAGCCAAAAGGCAAAAGGGAGAAAAUGGACAAGUUGUUCAAAAGUUACCAAUAAAGCAAGAGGAAGAAUGCAUUAUAGAUGCUCUUCUGUCAGAUAUAAGAAAAGGUUUUAAGCUGAAGAAGACAGCUAGGAGCAAUUGUGAAAAAUCGUCUGCUCCGAAACAUUCUACUAUUGAAACGUGUGGCAGGAAAAUACUGCUGGACCAAAAUGACACUUCAACAGAAGACAAAGAAAACAAAAGGGCUUCUCAAUGUACAACUACAUCAGCAAUCAUGGAUGAAAGUUCUAAUUCGAUGGUGAAGUUAGUCACCCAGCAACCACCUGCUGAAGACAAAGCAUCAAUAAAUGAUGUGCUCAAGUCAUCUGCAAGCUCCCCAUCCAGCUCUGAAGUAAAUGCACCUGACACUGAAUCAGAACAUGAGAAAGUGAAUGACGAGGAUCUUGACACAUGCCCAGCUGAUGGAAAUAAAGUAAUUGUUUGUCAAGACAACCCCAGAUCUAGCAAAGAAAUGUUAAUUGCAAAUGAGCAUGAACAGUUGACACAACCUAAUACUGUAGCCGCUGUGGACAUUGUGGGCAGAGAAAAUGAAAUGCUCUUUCAUAGCAGUAACACGAAUGAGAAUUUGCCUCAAGUUGAUAACAAAAUAAAUUCCCAAAAUAAAGUUGACUCUAGAUGUGAUAUGCCUGACUCAAAGACAAACAUGGUCACUGAAAUAAUAUCAGAAACAAUAGAACAAACUAUUCCUGACACAAAUGCCACAUAUCCUAGCCCAAUAAAUAGUCACUCUGACGAUGAGUCACCUACAAGAAGUACUUCACCCAGAUCUUCCCUGACACUACCUGGUCGGAAAUCAAAAGGCAGGAAAAGUAAUAAAAGCAAAGAAGUCUGCUCUGAAGAUAGAAGCAAUAAAUCCAAAAAAAAAUGUUCAUUGCACUAAUGUAUGUCUGAGUCUCACAUACACGACAUUCCUAAACUACGAAGAAUGGAAGAAGACAUAACAAGAAGACGAUGAAGGCAAUCUGAUCAAGAGUUAUCACCAACUCAGAAAUGCUUUUUCUCAAACAAAAAGAAUAACAUUCUUUACCUGGACUAUUCUAUGUCUUCUAAGAGUCUUGCAAUAGUGCAUAAUAGUUGAAUGUACACUAUAAAGAAACAACUGUUAGCUUUGUAAGGCUGAUUAUCAUCAAAACAACUUUUGAAAAAAUAGAGACACUUGAAAUAUCUGAGUGGAAAAUAAAAUAAGUCUAAGCUAUGUUAGCUGAUUUUAUGCUCACACUCGCAUUUCAAGUUGGGAAACUUCUGCUAGCAUCAAGGUAUUGAGUAUUAUAUAUUCAAAUUGGUAGAACUUGACAAUCAUCUUUCUCGGUUCUGGAACAUUGCUCUAACCUGACACUAGAGCUAAGUGAGUGAAUCUCACUGAAAGCUGAUUUCUACAGUUUCAUGGUGUUGGCCUUGAAGAAUAGCUUGAAUUCUGGAAAUUUCAGGAUGGCUUUAAGUCAAAUGCUGAUCCGUAAGAGCAUAUUCUUCAUGCCAUGAAUAUGGUUGGUGUAAAGAAAUAUUACCUCUAUGUUAUCUUGAACAUAACAUUUGGUGUGGGAAUACUUCAGCCAAAAGUCAUAAUAAUAGUUAAAUUAGGAUCCUGAAAAUUGCUUCUUAUUUAAUAUGACAUGUAUUUGCGUAAAUUAAAUCAAAAGCUUUCAGCUUUAUGCAACAAUUUUUAACAAUCUCUAUCUUUUGAACAAAAAAUGUGUAAUCUAGUAUCAGCUUUAUUACUCAUUCUGAAUUUUAUUUUCUCAAAGAAUUGGAUUUUUCUAUCAUUUGAGCAUUGUUACGAUGAAUUGGAUUUUUUUUAAUCUUCUGAACAAUAACUUGUUUUUCUACAGGAAUAAUCUUUAUAUUGUUCUUUAUUUUAACAAUAUAUUUUUGUCAGUCUUUCCUUUAUGCCUUCAAUACAGUAGUGCUUCGUUUCAAAGUGAUAAAGGAUACUGCCCCAACCCUGACUUUAUGCCACCUCUAAUGUAGCAGCUGGCUGCUUAUUGGAAUAUUUC